AUGACAGACAAGAAGCAACUCCUCAAUAUCCCUAGUCAACGUGGGAUGAUAAGAAUACCACCUCCAUCACAAAGAGGUUCAACUCAAACAAUUCAUCGUUCUUCAGUAGAAAAUAAGACUAUAUCUUCUCAAACAAACUCGACUUUUAAAACCCCAACAAAAAGUGAUGAUUUCAAUAUAGAUGCUACUUUAGCAUUAUUUGAUAAUGAUAAACAACAAACUAAAAUUCCUACUCCGAUAACUAUUAGUCAACGAAAGUCUACAGAAAAGAACCCUAUUUUGACACACACGUCUUCAACUCAUAAGAUCAUUUCUAUUCCAAAGGCUUCUCAAGUUCAAUUAAACCAACGUCACAAUACUCAAACUUUACAAAAACAACUCUCUCAUACAACAGUUGUUAUACCAUCUAAACCAUCUUCAGUAAUCACACCAAUAAAAACAAUACCAAAUAAGGGAUUGAACCAUACAACUCAAUUUUCUUCACAAAAAACAAUUGUUAUUAAGCCAAUUGGGUCUUCUCAAAAAAUUAGUCAACCACAACAACAAGUUGAAUGCAAAGCGAGAUGUAUAGAAGAAGAAAAUUUUUCGUUGUCUCAUCAAACGACUCCAACAUUAAUUCCCUCUGCUUCAGCAAGUUCGUCUGUUGUAAUUCAACAAAAAAGUUCAAAUUCAACGUUACCAGUUAAAUCAAAUUUACAUGAACGAGGAGGACGAGUUGGAAUGACAAACGUUGUAUUUACUGGAGAAGGAGAUAAUGAAGUUCAUUUAAAUUUCUCUUCUAACAGAUUUAUGGAUGUUAAGGAACAAUUUAAAGAAAGUCAUAUUAAUUUUGAGCUUCUUGGAAAAGAAAAGAAAGAAAUGAAAAUUUCAUUUAAGGAUUAUCAAAGUGCAUUGGACAUUUGUCGUAAAAGACCAUUAUUAACAUGUGAACCAAUUACAAAAUGUGUUAGAGAUCUUCUUGUUUUAGAUGGAAAAGAAGAACAAGGAGAUCUUGAUAGAUAUAAAAGUAUUCCAAGUAAAUUACGAAAUACAAUGUUUGAAUAUCAGAGAAUUGGAGUACAGUUUGGGUUAAGAAAGAAAGGAAGACUUUUGAUUGGAGAUGAAAUGGGAUUAGGAAAAACCCUGCAAGCAUUAGCACUUGUUUCAGCAUAUCCAGAAAAUGAGCACAUAUUAGUUAUUACUCCUAACAGUCUUGUGUAUCAGUGGUGUGAUCAAAUCCAACGAUGGCUUGAUGUUGAUCCAAAUGAUAUUGCCGUUUAUAAACCAAAAGACAUAGAAGUGCCUAAUACUAGGUUUGUAGUUAUUUCAUACAACUCUAUGGCAAAUACUCAAGGGAAUAUGUUUUCUCAUGCAUUUCCAAUGGUAAUUUGUGAUGAAUGUCAUUUUAUUAAAACAGACUCAAGCAAACGAAGUAAAGAAACGUUAGAUGUUUGUAAGAAAGCAAAACAAGUUAUCUUCUUAUCAGGAACACCAGCAUUAUCUAGGCCGAUGGAAUUAUAUAAUAUUUUAAGUGUACUGAUAAAAGACAUUGGAACAAAAGAGUCAUUUGGUAAACGGUAUUGUGAAGAAACAGGAACUAGGUAUAAAAAUUAUCUUUCUAUGAAGAAUGAGAAAGAAUUGAAAUACUUGCUCACUACAGUUAUGAUUAGAAGACUUAAAAAUGAUGUUUUAAAGGAACUUCCACCAAAAAUAAGAGAAAAAGUAUAUCUUGGAGAAUUAGAUAAAAAUGAGUAUAGAGAAUGCCUUGAAAAGAUGAAAAAAGAUUUAGACAAUGCUCGAGGAGUAAAACAAAAAAGACAACAAGUAUUUGAAUUACAUAGAUCAACAGGACUAGCAAAAAUACCACUGAUACAAGCAUAUCUUGAUGAUGUAUUAGACUCUGGAAUAAAAAAAGUUGUAGUGUUUGCACAUCAUAGAGAUGUUCUUGAUGGAAUUGUAUAUAACUUACAAAGAAAAAAAGUACAAUUUAUUCGAAUUGAUGGUGAGACAAAGUCAGAAAACAAGAAAGAACUUGUUGAUAUUUUUAGAGAUGAUGAUAAUUGUCGUGUUGCUGUAUUAAGUAUAUUAGCAGCAAAUUGUGGAUUAGAAUUUCAAAAAGCUGCGUUGUGUAUAUUUGCAGAGAUGACAUUUGUUCCUGGUGAAAUGUUACAAGCUGAAGAUAGAGUACAUAGAAUUGGACAACAGGCUGACUCAGUUAAGAUAGAAUAUUUAAUUGCUAAUAAGAGUUAUGAUGAACAAAUAUGGAAUACUAUUGAAAAGAAAUUGGAUGUUGUCGGUAAAGUAUUAGAUGGGAAGUCAAGAGAACUUGAUCAUUGUACAAAAGAAGUAGAUAUUGGAGAAGAAGAAAUGGGAGAAUUUGUUAAAGGGAUGAUGGAGGUUAUUAAAAGCUAUGAUGAAAGAAAAAAGUUAAGAGAAGAAGAAGAGGACAGAAUAGAAAAAAGGAAGUUAGGGAGAGAAGAGUUAGUUCAAAGCAAAGAUUUACAAAAUGAGAUUGACUUACUGGAUGAUAUUGGUGAUGAUAAAACCUGUAGUAAAUCAUUAAGUAAAUUCAGUAAAUUUAAAUUUGAAAAGAAAUAA